AUGUCUCUCGCAUCUAAAUCACCUAGACCACGCAAGUCCGUGUCACUCGCUGAACACAAUCUAAAUCUAGACAAUGUCACUCUCCCAAUCACCAACAGAGAGUUCAAGAUACAGAAGCAGAGGGCGUCUGCAGAUAGUGGUGGGGAAGCUCGCUUCCAGGUGGGAAAGGGGGACGAUGACUUGAGUCCUAGGCGGAAGGCCAGGAGACAUGCUCAACCGAGAAAAUCGAUCCUCAAACCACUCCCGACACCGACGGAUGACGGGGAUGACACACAGCAAUACGCCCAUACGAUCAACUUCGGUGCUUCGCAAUCAUUAUCCAGACGAGUCAGUUUCGCUCCCAACGCUCAUGUUAGGAUGUUCGAUAAUCCCGAGCCCUCUCGCAGAACCAACUUCGCUCCUCCUGCUUCAUCCAGUCUUGGUGGACCACGGUCUUCCUUAUCCACUCACUCACGUCGAUCGUCAAUCCAGAAUAUCGGAUCUGUUGCUAAACCCAAUGUCUUCACUCCAUCGGUAUUCCGAGGAGAAGGUGAAACUCAGGGAGAAGAAUCGAUGGAAAUUGAAGAACAGUCUGAUUCUGGCUCAGAAGAGGAUGGUACGGUAGAGAUGGGACGUCAAUUCAAUGGUCAAAGGGGAAAUUUCUCUCUUGGUGGUUCCAGUAAUGAAAGACUCUCAGCUGUAGAUAAUCAAAGUGAGGAAGAAGAGGAAGAAGAAAUGGAUAUGGAUAUCACGCAGAAUAUAUACGGAGGAAUUGUCCGAAGAAGCUCUAUGGCGGCUAAUACGACGAUAAACUCGGAUGUUACUGAGGAGGCGGAUAUCUCAAAUCGAUCAGCAGACGAAGAAAAGACUAUGGAUUUCACCAUAGCCGUUGGUGGAAUGUUACCACCCAAAGCUCCUGAAGGUGCCAUGUCCAAUCGAAAUUCAAUCGGUUAUUCGUUCCCUGUUCCAGAAGGAUCGUCAGCUGAGAAUUUCAGACCAGGUGAUGCUAUUGAAGGAGAGAUCGAGUUGGAGAUGGAAGAGACCGUUGCUUUCGGCGGUAUAAUCGGUCCUGAUGACACAAUCAGUUCGGGUGGCGAUUCAUUUAGUCACGAGGAAGGAAGAGAAAAGACAAUGACUUUCACCUUCAAUCAUUCUGUCAUUCCUCCCCAGGACCAGGACGCCGAAGAUGACGGUAUGGAUAUGACUGUUGCCCAAGGUGGUAUCAUCGACUUCCCUCCACCUUCACCAGCACCUGCUGUAAACCCUUCCUAUCCCACUGUUUCACCCGCCAGACCAUUACCUACGAACACACGCCCAAUGUCAGGUACACCCUCUUUUGCUCGACCUACCGUAUCUUCCGCCCAGAAGUCAGCUGCUUCCACACAGAAACGAAAUGUAUUUGCACCCUCACCUAGUCCAACCAAGUCUACCACACCCAAGAAAGCUGGAAUGCAAGUUGCUAGGGAAGUUGCUAAACGUCUAAGUUUCGCUUCGGCUCCUUCAAGCGCCAGUAAGAAACGAUCAAGGGAAGAUAGCCCAGAAGCUGUAUUAGAAAGUGCAAAGAAGAACAAGCUCGAUUCUCAAGUGAAAGAGGUAUUUGGUGGUACGCCCGUAUCCCAACCUGCUCCUAGGACUUCUUUGGGUGUUUCGAGAUUAUCUCUCGGUGCACCCAGGGCCUCUCUGGGGACCCCGAUGCGAAUCGCUCGAAGUCCAGCAACCAGUCGACAUAGCUUGGUCAGAGUCGCUGAUCCUGAACCUGAGCCUGAGCCCGAGCCCGAACCUGAGCCUCAAGUGGUGGAAGAGGAAGCACUGGAACCAGAGUGGGAACAACCUCAGACUAUCUCAUUGGCCUCAUUCCUCGAAAUGGCGGGCGUGCAGUUUAUGGAGGGUCUUCCAGGACUGAACAGAAGGAGGAGUAGUGUUGCGAAAGGUAUCUUGGGCCAGUCAUAUUCUGGAGGAGAUCGGGAAUUUGCUUUACAUGAAUAUGCUGAAGCUCAAGUUAAUUCGAUCUUCUUGAAUAUGUACACAUGGGCCGCCAAUAAACUUCGAGAGGAUAUUCGAAAUGGGCAAACCGAACUUGAUCAGUGUGAGGCUAGAUGCGAUGAAGAUUCUCCGCCAGUGAUUCAGGAGUACCUUUCAGCCUCAGAUGAGGAUAAACAGCUAUUCGAAUUGGCUUUCAAGUCAUUCAAAACCAACACUCAAUUGAAAGCUAAAGAGAGGUGGUACGAUUGGAAAUUACAGUUGAUGCAGACUAUCAAACCUGAUGUUGAAGGGAUGUUACAGGAUAUGCAAGACGAUAACGAUCGACUUACUGCGUUGCAAGAACAGACGGAAUCGAUCUUACCCGAUCUGAAAGCUAGACAAGCUGCGUUACAAGCUGAAUUGGAGAAAGAAAGAGAGAUCGUAGCUGAGAUAGCAGCAUGUGAUCAACAAGAGUUGGCGGCGUUGAAAGAAGGUAUAACAGAGCAAGGGGCUCAAAUCAACGUCUUCAGCUCUGAGCUCGAAGAGUCAACUGCGAAGUUAACAGCUUUGACAAACAAGUUAGAGGAGUUGAAUGACACCAAGAGAGAUUGCGUGACGGCUAUUCAACAUGCUAAAUCGCAGUGUGAUCAAUUCACCAGAUCUGAUGCGAUUAGAUUAAAAGAAGAAUACAACUCUCUCCAACAUAUACACCUCUGGCGACCUACCAAGAUAUCACCCAACUUGCUUGAAUUGGAAUUCGAUAAUGAGAUUUCUCUGUCGUUCCAGUGUAAAGAUUAUGUAGCGAAUUUGAGAUCUGCUCAAUUGGAAUAUCUCUAUGAUAAAGUGAAAGAGAGGAAAGGUGGUCCGAUCCUCAAGGGAAGUUCGUCACAGAGUCCUACGGAGGGUUUGUUCGAGAUGCUUAAGAUCGCUUUGAGAGAAGGUGUGAAAGCGGAUAGUUUUGAUAAUUUGUCUUCUCUCGUCCAGACAGUUGGUCAAUUAUGGUCCGUCUCACAACGUCUUCGUGCAGAAUUACAAUAUGUCAAUUUCCGACAUCCAAUCGUAUACGAACUCCAACAUGAGACCAACAGUUUGAUAGCUAGUGUAACGAUGGUUUUACCCUCUAUCAAAUCGAAGGUUAUAGUUGAUAUUGGGAUAAGUCAAGAGACGAUUUGGGGGUUUCCAGCGAAUUUGAAUGGGACGGAUAUUGAAAUCAGGAAGAUAUAUGGUAAAGCAGAUAUCAACCUCUUAACUGAAGCUGCCAAACAAACCAUAUCGUCAACUACCCCUCAAGGAUGUUUGGGCACCUUCUUACAGGUUUGCGUGGAUGUCGCAGCACAAUAUAUUAAAUAG